AUGGUGGCCGAGGCAAGGCAGGACGUGUCAAAGGCUGAUGAGCCCGGUUCUCUAGCUGUGGCUGUGGAGAAGAUUAUCGUCCAUGAGAAGUGGAACUCCUACUACGUCAUCAACGACAUUGCCCUGGUCAAGCUGGCAGAGGAGGUGCAGGAGACUGACACCAUCCGUGCUGCCUGCCUGCCAGCUGCUGGCAAGGUCCUGCCCAACGACUACCCCUGCUAUGUCACCGGCUGGGGAAGCAUGAGGACCAACGGGCCCCUGGCUGACAUUCUGCAGCAGGCUCUGCUGCCCGUGGUGGAUUAUGAGACCUGCUCCAGUUGGGACUGGUGGGGCAGCAACGUGCGCAGCACCAUGGUGUGUGCCGGCGGCGAUGGCGUCGUCGCUGGAUGUGGCGGCGAUUCUGGAGGCCCCCUGAACUGCCAGCGCGACGAUGGGAUCUGGGAGGUCGAGGGAAUCGCCAGCUUCGUCUCCAGCCGGGGCUGCAACAUGAAAAGGAAGCCAACAGUCUUCACCCGGGUGUCUGCCUACAUUGACUGGAUCAACGAGAAAAUGAGCACAAACUGAGGACGCGGCAUUGUGGAGAUACCACUGUUGACCAAGAUAAAAGCAAAAAUGCUGA